AUGGCCUCCAGUACCCUAAGCCGCCAUCUUGCUUCCUCCCUGAGACCCAGCCUUGGGUUGUCUGCUUCAGGAUACCGCCAUCAACAAACAACAGCUAAAAGAGUUGAGGAAGUUGAGUUUGAUGGUCCUUGUAUGAAGACUGAGGUUCCAGGGCCCAGAUCUAAGAUCCUAGCACAACAACUGGAGGGGAUUCAGAGUUCGUGUCCAGCGGAACUUCUUCGUGUGGACUUUAUGAGGAGAUAAGAAGUAACUACCGGCGUGGACGUGGAUGGGAACCGCAUGCUGGAUGUCUACACCCAGAUCGCAUCCAUACCCAUAGGAUACAAUCACCCGGCACUCACAAAAGUCAUGACGGAUCCGAAAAAUAUGGGAASGUUUGUCAACCGACCAGCUCUUGGGAUGAUGCCACCGGAGCAAUUCRCUGAGAAGCUUGUCAACYGCCUGAUGGCAGUGGCWCCCAAGGGCUUCAGRCGGGUCCAGACCAUGGCCUGUGGAUCCUGCUCCAAUGAGAACGCCUACAAAGCCAUCUUCAUCUGGUACAGAAACAAGAUGAGAGGAAGUCCGGAACCAACUCCAGAGGAAGUAAGAACUAGUGUCAUCAACCAGGUUCCUGGCUGCCCUGACCUGACUCUUCUGUCCCACGGAAGAACUCUGGGUAAGACUUUAAUAUGUACUUACAAGUCCGAAGGAGGCGGGAAGCUCAGGGGAAUCACCAAGAAGCAUGGCUGUGCCUUCCUAGUGGAUGAGGUGCAGACGGGCGGGUCUACGGGGAAAUUCUGGGCCCACGAGCACUGGGGAUUGGACGACCCCGCUGACAUCGUCUCCUUCAGCAAGAAGAUGCUGACAGGAGGAUACUACCAGAAAGAUAGCUUUCAGCCUGACAUGCCGUUCAGGAUCUUCAACACGUGGCUUGGAGACCACACUAAGAACCUGUUGCUGACCGAGGUCAUAAAGGUCAUCAAGACAGAGAACCUGCUGGACCAGGCCAAGAGGUCAGGCAAGGUCAUGCUGGAGGGACUCUAUACGAUAAAUAUCUAUCACGCGCUACUCCACCACUGCUCAGAGGCGAGGGGCAUCGGGACGUUCUGCAUCGAUGUUAAGGAUGAAGACACACGCAACACAACAAUCCUCAAGGCCAGGAAUAAGGGUGUGGUUCUAGGGGGCUGUGGAACCCAGUCUAUCCGAUUCUGACCAGCUCUGCUGUUCACGGAACAACAUGCUCAUCUCUUCCUGGAUAUCUUUAAUGACGCUAUCGCUGAGCUCAAGUAGUCUACACAGGAAUCCAAUGUGGCCCWGCUCAAACAGACCCAUACACUGUCAAUCUGCAGUGAAGAGGUUGACACUCCUCCAAUCAAUCAAAUCAAUCAAAUGUAUUUACAAAGCCCUUUCCACAUCAGCUGAUGUCACAAAGUGCUUUU